AUGGCUUGCAACAAAACAAAUACUACACAUAUCAAAAGGGGUAAUGCGAUUUCGACCUUUGAGCCCCAGGAGGUUAGCCAGGAACGGGGUCCUCUAGUCAGCAAUCGUGCUGAAAUAUCGUCCAAACUUCCACCUUCAGACCCGCGUCUUGUCCAGAAAUUAUUAGCCGAAGCCAAAGAUCAACUUGCAGAAUCAGCCAAAAUAAUCCAACAAUACAGCAUCGACAACCAGCCCGAAUCUACCAAGAGAGCCAAGUUCUCCGGCCCACUCGAGCACACCACAGGGCAAUCCACUCUCGCCGUUGAUCAUGCGCUCACCUUCGAUCAUUUCUUUCCCAAUUUGAACCCGGAAGCUAAGGAGAAGCUGUCUGAAUUGGAUUUCUGUGAGAGAGCACUCCUGUGCUCGAGCACCAUCGAGCGAAACGAGCUCUACCAAGAAACUCUCACACGUUUUCAAGUCUACGAGGCUAACAUGAUAAAAGAAGAAAUCGACAAAGAGAAAUGCUUAAUGAGCGUGGAUGUCGGGCAAAUGGUCAGGAGAAUUACUGCUAGGAGUCUCCAUGAUGAAGAAUUUCUCAAACUUCAAGCACAACUCCUUCAAAUGCGCAUCCAACGAUCCCGAAUGGAAGCUAUUAUACGCUCGAGUCAAAUGCGGAAGGGCCCAGCUGCUCAACAUAACCAGACGAUAACACAAGCAUCAACCCCUGCCGCAAGUGCCCAUUGCAUACCGCAACUGCCGACCUUUGCCUCGAGUGACCUUUUGUACCAACCCUCAAGCUCGUACCUUUUCCAAUCUUCAGCCUCUGAACGUCACCAAUCUGACCGUCACCAAUCUGACCGUCACCAAUCUGACCGUCACCAAUCUGACCGUUACCAACCUGACCGUCACCAAUCUGGUCGUCAUCAAUACACAGCCGGUGGUCGUCCGGAACCCUCAAACUGUGACCUUCGUCGUUAA